GGAUAAUUUAUAUGACAGUAUUGUCGAAGCCGUGCCUCAGAUUAAAGGGGAAGCUGUGCUGGAUGACAGGACUCACUUGACCAUUGGAAGGCUGCAUGUGUAUAUGGACACUCCCCUACAAGAAGGUGCAGGUGGCUCAUUGGGACACCUUAGCCUGAUGCUUGAGAGUAGGAGUCAGGCAUAGACCACAGGAGCCAAGAGUAUCUCUUGAGCAAGUCAUGGGAGUGAGAGAACAUGAAUCCAGUCCAUGGAGGUGAGGGGUCAGGCACUGCUCUGAGGAUCCAGGAACAUACCCCUAUGACUCAGGACGGGGAAGAAGGUACCCAGAGUUUGGUCACUGGAGGUGAGAAGUCAGCUGAUGUCCUGAUGACCCAGCUUCACCUUCUGAGGAUGGAGGAAGUGGUGACCAAGAGUGCUCUACAUGAUGGCCUGCCGGAGCACUGCACUGCACAGCACAGGCCACUUCUGAAGAAGGAACUUGGCAGGGAUGUCAGCAGACCCAGACAGAAAACAAACUCCCUUCACAGCCAGAAACUUAUGGUUGUCAAGCAGAUUGUGAAGCACAUUAAAUCGUUGCCGCAGGAUUCGCUGGACUCACACUCCAGUGCCGUGCGCUGCCAGGGGAUGCUGCUCAUCACAGACUGCAGCAAAGCAAAGCCGCCUCUGGAGGGUAAAGAGAAGUUGGAUGGGGUCAUUGUCUGUGUUGCCAGCAUCUUUGCCCUGCCCUCAGUUGAGGCCUUGCAAAGGCAGGAAGGCCAUAAAGUAAAUGUGAAGGUAUCCCUCCCAGGAGUUACAGCUCUAACCAGCAUAGCUCACAGGGUCUUUGGCAUGCACAAGCCUUCAUACUACAUCAAAGUUCUGUCUCCAGGGAAGUUUGGUUUGCCUAGCACUGAUUGGAAAAACUUCCCUCUUGGUGUCUGGAUUUUUACACAGACUGUGGAUGCCCUGGAAGUGAUGCUGAGAGCUCGCCUGUCAGAGAAGCCUAACCCAGCUGAGCUGCAGAACUUCUUGGAUGUAAGCGGCAUUGAGCUGCACUUGGCCCCCUGGAUGACAUCAAAGAAAGCUCAUGAGCGAGCGAGGGCUGUGAGAACCAGUGUCUGCCUGUUACAAGCGGCAGCCGAGAGUCCCAAGUUCUGUACGUCACACAAGUUCCCCAGGCUGGGGCUCCUGAUUGGACGGCUGUCGCUGCGCGUUGGUGACCCAGAGAAGGAGAUUGGCCGCCAGGCUAUGGAAGGCUUGUAUUUCCUCUACUCCCUCAUGUGGUGCCAAAAGGAACCUGAGAGGAAGGUGGGGUCUGUGACAGCAGCGCUACAUCAAAUGGCCAAAAAGAUCUUGGGUAUCUAUGAGCCCACCAGGACUUGUGAGAACAUCUCUGAAAUUGUUAAGAGAUUUGGACAAUUUCUCAGCCCAGACCAGAUGGCAGACCUUCUACUGACAGCUGUAGAAAGACUGAAGGAGGCCAAUGAGAGCACCAUUGAAGCAUCAAGGACUAUUCUGAAUGUAAUCCUGGAGAAACAGGUAGUGAUGAUGACCUUAUGCCUCCUGGCUCGUGCUUUUAUGGAAGAAGUGUCCACAGCCCUUCUAAAGUGUCCACUCCCGCUGGACAGCCUGCGACUGUCUCUCUCAACUCGUAGAGAUGCAGCUGGGAUGUGGAGAACACUGGCCAAAACAGAAGCAAUCUGUCACUCCCACAGGCUUCUGGAUGUGCUGCUGAAUGAGCUGCAGGAGAGGCCAAGCACUUCUGAGGAUAGAGCCUUCAUCAUAUCUCUAGCUGCAGCCAGCGCUCUGUAUGAGGUGUUAUCCGUAUCCAUGUGCACACCAGUGGCGACACGCUUCUAUCCCCGCCUCCUGAUGGCCCUGCUGGUUCAGGUGCACUAUACCAUUGGGCUCAGCCUGCCUGACAGCAGGGUGUCCAGGAAAGAGCUCAUCCCUGCAUGCUGUGUUGUGAAGACAGUGAAGACUCUUCUCCUAAAAAUGGGAUGCCACUACGAGUUCACCUCUGUUGAGGAGGAGGGAGGCUGGGAACUGCUCACUGGCUCUGAGGAGCACCAUCGCGGGGUAGGCCUGCUUGCAAGGUCCCUGGUCCACUAUUCUUGCUGCGAGCUGUGGUGGAUCUUGUACCUUCUGGUCCCGUUCCUCGAACGAGGUGAUAAACAGCACAAGAUCACAGCGAUGUCCUUUUUCAUUGAGGCAAAGUGGCUCCCAGAAAAAUAUUCUGUGCUCCGUCUGCUGAAAGGACUGACUGACCCAGAUCCAGUUAUCCGAGCGCUGUGCGUCAAAGGACUGAUCACCAUGGCAGACUGGCCAGGGAAGGAGAUAAAGGUCCUGGUGCCAGCCAUGAUACACAGCUUGUGUGGAGUGGACGGGAGGCUGAUUGUGGAGGCUCUUGCUGAUGUGAAGAAGAUUCUCAGAGGCUUGGAUGUAGCAAGUUAUGUUGGCUGCAUCACCAGUCUCCUUCGACUCCUCUUUGAUGAUGAGAGAGUGAGUGUGCGUUCUGCUGCCAUUUCCUUGUUUGGAAAAAUGGUCAAGGAGGUGAAGAGGAGUCAGGGUCUUAUGAAAGAGGAGGAUGUCUUGGAGCUUCCAUUACUUCUGCACCUGCAAGAGGGCAAUCCUGACAUGGCUGAGAAAUGUAAGAAUGCUCUAGAUGAAUGUUCUCGACUCCUGGAAUGGAGACUACCUAAACAGGUGGGCAACAGAAAGGCCUGGCACAACCACCAAGAAGAUGUGGAUGAAAUCUGUCAGUACCUUGUGAAGAAACAUCAGGAAACUGUCCAAAGGUUCUUGUUCCAAAGCCAGUGCUACCUCAGUAGCACACAGCCUUCUUUACGAAGGGCUGCAGCCAUGUUCAUAGCCCUCACGGGCUUACUACAUGACCCUGAGGCGUCCGUAUAUAUCUUUGCUGCUCAGGCACAUGAACGCAUCCUGGCAGUUUACUGGAAAUUAAAGUACGGCCUGGUUGAGCAACACAAAGUGAACAGUGACUCUGCUGAGAAACACAAAAGCCCCCCAAAUCCUCCUGCUACCGAAGGCACCUCAUCCAGGCUGUGCAACGCCCUCAACCUCUGGAAAUUAGCUGCCAAGCACUAACUGGCUCAAAAAAAGAGCCAGGGCUUAUGCCCCACUGAGCCCCAUACAGACACAGCGAGACUCUCGUGAUUAUUUUUCUCAGCUUGGGCUCCCUGCUCUGUUUUUCCAACCAGAGGGAAAAUCAAAGGGGCUUUGGAAGGGUCAUUCACAUGCCAAAGAAAGUGAACUGAACAUGGGCAAUAAAGAGCACUCAGAGUUUAUUGCG